UAUACCUUUAGUUAUGCUUCUUUGUGAGUAAUAGAAUGCCUUUAUUGAAAAAAAAAUGAAAAAAAAAUACAACUUAUUCUUAAAAGUUACAAAUUAUUAUAAGUUGUCUUUGUGAAAUUAGUAAUAGCUAAUGUGAGAUUGUAUAGACACGUUCAGCUUCUUAGACCGGUAUUCGCUCCGCCAAUCAUUUACUUAGCUUGCGAAUUGGCUUCUAACUGGCUGCAGUGUGAAUAUCGGCAACGCACGCCUUUACAAGAUGGAGUCAGACCUUGGGUUGGUAGGGAACCAGUUCCAGGUCGCUGUCUCUAUCUUCUUCGUCACAUACCUUCUUUUUGAGGUGCCCUCAAAUUUGGUGCUCAAACCCCUGACACCUUCUCGAUAUAUCGCCUUCAUUGCUUUCGGUUGGGGGGUUGUCGCAAUGUGUACGGGUUUUGUUCACAGCUAUGGCGCACUCAUCGCUAUACGUGUGAUUCUCGGUGUUGUUGAGGCUGGACUCUUCCCGGGACUGAACGUUUAUUUGACAUUCUUCUAUACGAAGCAGGAGCUUGCUCUUCGCGUCGGCUACCUCUUCGUCAGCGCCGCUAUCGCCGGUGCUCUGGGCGGUCUGCUGGCUUACGGUAUCGGCCACAUGGAAGGAAUUGCUGGGUACAACGGCUGGAGGUGGAUCUUCAUCAUCGAGGGACUGCCAAGUAUCGUGCUAGGAGUUGUUGCCCUCUUUCUCCUCCCCAACGAUAUCGAUCACGCGUACUUUUUGAGUUCCGAGGAGAAGAAACUUGCCAACGAGCGUCACUUCCGCCACUACGGGUUCACCGAGAGCGCGGCGAAGUUCAGCAAGGACGACAUGUUGGCUGCGUUCAAGGACUGGAAGGUUUGGAUGUUUUGUGUCGCCCAGUUCGGUGUAGACACUUUAUUAUAUGGAUACUCUACAUUCUUACCGACGAUUAUUCGUGGGUUAGGACAGUGGUCGACUGCGGAAAUCCAGUUGCUCACUAUUCCAUGUUACUUCGUUGGCGCUGUGACUUACAUGGGAAUCGCAUUCCUCUCGGAUCGAAUGCAGAUGCGCGGCCUCUUCACUGUGGCUUUUGGUGUGAUCAGCAUCGUUGGAUACGGCGUGCUCCUUUCGGACUCGUCAGCCGGCGUUCACUAUUUUGGUUGCUUUUUAGUAGCUACCGGGCUUUACGUCACCGUUGGCUUACCGCUGGCUUGGCUACCGAGUAAUACUCCCCGGUACGGCAAACGAACAACAGCCAACGGUAUGCAACUUACUUGUGGUAAUGCCGCGGGUAUCAUGUCAUCAUUUAUAUAUCCUAGCGCCGAUGGACCGCGUUAUAUCGUAGGCAACGCCGUAUCUUUGUCUCUGGUCGGCAUGGCUGCAUGUCUUUACAGCAUUUUGUGGUUUUGGUUUGCGAGAGAAAAUAAGAAGCGUGAGGAGGGACCCUUGAAGCCGGAGCACGAGAACUUGUCAGAAGAUGAGCUGGCGGAGCUUGGAGAUGAGAGUCCGAGAUAUAAGUAUACUAUUUGAGAUGUCUUAAUUUAAAUAUAUAGUUUGGUUUACUUGUCUUGAAAUGAGAUAUUUUUCAUAGGUGGCUUGCCUGUAGCUCAAUCUUUGACCUUUGAAUGUUCAUUGGUAAGGAUGGUUUCUUGGGGAUAGCUUAUUUUCUAAAUAGGAUAGGUUAAUCUUCCAGUUGACUUCAUUUCAUUAAAUCUUCGACCAUUUUCAUAGAGUUAUGAAGUGAUUUAUACAAAGUUUAGUCACCAAAUUUGGG